CGGGCCGAUGGCUAAAUGAGAUUGCAUAUAAUGAGGAAUUGACAGCCUACGUCGAAUCAAAAUAUCUCCUGUCGCGCAUCACAGAAAAAGAAAUCAUAAUGGCACCCAUCAAGCUCGGUCUGGUAUGCCUCGCGGCAAUGCUGGUUGAGGGGAAUUCAAGACUUCUUGCGCCAGUUCAAGACAUCAAUUUGCCGGCCAGUGAAACUGCUGAGCACCCUCUUGAACACCUAGGCGCAAACGGGCCCUGGUUUGCAGGGCCCAAUGUCAACGGGAUCUCACCCGAAAUUCCGGAAAACUGUUAUGUCGACCAAGCAGCAUAUGUGUCCCGGCAUGGAUCGAGAUACCCAGACACUGGCGCUUACAAUGGCUGGGUUUCGAUGCAGGAACGGUUCCAAGCCGGAAACUACACUGCUUCUGGCAGCUUAAGCUUUCUACCGCGAUGGCAAACAGCUCUAACCAACCCAUCAUCUCAAAUUGCAAAUUUGAGUCCAACGGGUUACAAAGAGGCCCACGAUCUUGGAUAUACCUUGCGAACGAGGUAUCCGGACCUAUACACUGAAGGAGAAGACUUCAUGGUCUGGGCCAACAACUAUUCUCGGGUCCUACAGACUGCCAAGUUGUUUGUCCGUGGUUUCUUAGGAACCAAUGCCACCUUGCUCGGUGACAUUGUUUCCGUGACAUCUCGAGGUUUUACCGCUGGCAUUGGCGACUCAUUGGCGCCCUCUGACAUGUGCCCAACUUUCAAAGAUACCGAGGGAGGUGAGUACGUGACCGCAUGGAACAACGUCUACAUCCCUCCAAUUCUGGCCCGCCUGCAAGCACUCAUCGAUGGAAACCUCACACUCACGCAAAGUGACGUGUCGCAAAUACCCUACCUUUGCGGGUUCGAAAGUCAGAUCACUGGCCGUCUCUCACCUUGGUGUGAUAUCUUUUCCGAUAAAGAAUUCCUCCAGUAUGAGUACUUCCAGGACCUGCGCUACUACUACGGAGUUGGCCUCGGUACCGAUGUGCCCAAGACCAUGAUGACGCCUUAUCUGAACGCCUUGAUGGACAUUUUUGUUCAGGGGCCUUCGGUAACCGGUAAGCGUGAAGACGGGAGCACCUUCAGUUUGCCAAAGCUUCUCGUCUCAUUCCUCAACGAUGGACAGCUUAAUCAAUUGGUAGCCGCUUCUGGGGUGUUUGACGAGCAACAACCUCUAUCAACUACGUAUAAGGAUGAUAGCCGUCCAUUCGUCAGUUCUCGCUUCACAACAAUGCGAGGGACUAUUGCAUUUGAGAGAUUGAACUGUGUCGGUGCUGGGAACAGUACAAAUGGCAACGCUACCCGUUUUGCCCAACGGACCCCACCGAUCAGAAGAUCAAACUGCACACAGCCCUCACCUCCGAUUCAAGACAACCAGAAUGCGACUUAUAUCCGCAUUCGUCUCAAUGAUGCUGUCUACCCGAUACCCACUUGCAACAGCGGCCCUGGUUCUUCAUGUCAGCUGGAGGAUUACAAGCAAUAUAUCGCCACGAAGCUUGAGAAUCAGGGUAGCUGGAUCCAGAACUGCAAUGUUACCACACCUGGAGCACCGACAAAGGUUAAAGGUGCAAGUUUCUACACCGAUCUUAGCAGUCCUUGGUUAAGCCGUGUCGCUCCUUGAAGGCCAAGAUAGUUAGGAUCAAAGCCCAGACAGGCUCGUCUUUUUUUUUUCCGACGAAAGGAGAAUAGCUUUAGUUCUUGUAUUAUUUAUUAAACUCCUCGCAAUUAAAUACUAUUGUUCAAA